AUGCGAUUGCAAAAUUCUGAUCAUUGUGCAAACGAACGGUAAAAGGAGUUUUAAGGAAAAACCGAUGAAAUGUAAAUCAAAGCACAAUUAAAAUACAAACCAAAAUUCAAAUUGAAAAUAAUUAUAAUUAAGUUAUAAUAUAACAUUUUACAUAUUUAAAGAAAAAAUAAAAAUUGUUUCGCAAUAACCGUAUUAUUCUAUAGAAUGUGCUAACAUUGAAUUUACAACCGUCUUACAAUUAACUAAAACUAAGAGCACGCAAAGCUAAAACCACAACCUGCAGAUCAAGGUUCGAGCAUUUGGAGGCAAAUAAUCUAGCGCUACCCCCAACAACGCAGUGGGGUUCCGAAGAACCACUGAGUCGGAUUAUCAAAGACGCUAGAGUACAAGAAUCUCACCUCGCCCUUUCGGACGAGGCUGCAGUUCCCCGAUUCGACACACUGACUACGAAAUUUAGAAAUUCGACUUUAGUGCAACGAACAAAAUAA